AUGCAUGGCUACUCGUCUUCCUCGGAGACGGAUGACUACUAUAGCUACCGCAAGCACAAGGCAACGGUUCCUGCCACCACGACUACCAACGACGCCAACAAGAAGAAGAAGAAACGCAAGGUGCCUCCUCAGCAGAGAAUCAACCGGAUAUGGAAACGCUUCAGCGACAAGCGGUUCAACAAGGCGGUAGCAGUCUUGCCCUUCGACCCGGUUCUCCCUCCGUCGAUUUCUGAGCGAUCCAACGAGCUUCUCAGUGCUGGGUACGAACGCGCUGCUUCUGAAUGUAGGCGGAAAGUCCAGAAGAUCAUCCAAGAAUGCCGAAGGGUGAAUAUGCGAUAUCGGGAUCCUGGGUGGGAUCUGAUGGAAAAGGGGCAUACUCUCAACACCCUAGGGCGCACCAAAUACGACCUCAGCAUGUCGACCAUGCUCAACCCCAGCUCCGUUGUUCCCAAGGCCGUCAAGCGAGUCCACGAGAUCUUCGAGAAGCCGACCUUCAUGGCCAAUCUCAGCGGAAACGACGUCAAGCAGGGUAGUCUUGGCGACUGCUGGUUGAUGGCUAGUUUCUCGGGACUGGCCAAUGUGGAGGAUGGUAUCAAGCGCAUCUGCGUCGAGUACGAUACCCGCAUUGAUGGCGAGUGGAUCUACUCUAUCAUCGACGACAAGCUCUUUCUCAAGUCGCCUUGCUGGGACUCUCCUAGUAUGCAGCGCGAUCUCUUGCAGCAAAUUGACCGCGAGGACGUCGAAAGAGUUUACCGACAGACGUAUCAAACAGGCUCAAAAGCCCUGUUCUUUGCUCAAUGCAAGGAUCAGAACGAAACCUGGGUGCCGCUCAUCGAGAAGGCAUAUGCCAAAGCACACGGCGAUUACGCCUCCUUGGCUGGUGGCUGGAUCGGAGAGGGAUUGGAAGACCUCUCGGGAGGUGUCACCACCGAGCUUCUUGCAUCUGACAUCUUGGAUCUUGACGGAUUCUGGGAGAACGAACUCAGCCGAGUCAACGAGGAGUUUCUUUUUGGCUGCAGCACUGGUCUUCUCGACGGCGGCUACGGCGAUCGUGACGGCAUCUCAGAAGGCCACGCAUACGUCGUGAUGGAAGCUCGCACCCUCAAGAAUGGCACUCGCCUUCUUAAACUCAGAAACCCCUGGGGUAAGACCAAGAAGGGUAUCUGGGAAGGCGCGUGGUCUGAUGGCUCCAAGGAGUGGACCACCGAGGUACAGGAAGAACUGGGCCACCAUUUCGGCAGCGACAGCGUCUUCUGGAUCUCGUACGAGGACCUGCUUCGCAAGUACCAGCAUUUCGACCGGACCCGUCUGUUCCGCGAGAAAGACUGGCGCUGCUGUCAGAGAUGGAUCGGCGUCGAGGUGCCGUGGAAGCCUCAGUACAACGAAAAGUUCCACAUCAAGUUGACAAAGGAGUCUCCUCUUGUCAUUGUUCUGAGCCAGCUCGACAACCGCUACUUCAAGGGACUUCAUGGCCAGUACUCAUUCCGACUGCAGUUCCGACUGCACGAGCAAGACCGACCAGACCCGGAAGACUACAUUGUCCGUAGCCAUGGAAACUAUCUCAUGGAUCGUUCUGUCUCUAUUGAACUCCCGUCCAUGCUGCCUGGAAACUACAGCGUGUUCAUCAGCGUCGUUGGCGAACGAGAUUCUGAGGCCUUGAGCAUUGAGGAGGUUGUCAAGCGCGAGUGCAAGAAGCGCGUCGAGAAUGAGAAGCUCGCCCAGGUUGGCUAUGCCUAUGAUCUGGCUCACAGCAAAGCCGCUGCCCAUCUGGAAGCUGUCAAGAAGCUUCGUAAGAAGGCAGACCAGAAGAAGGCCAGCGAGGCUCGUGUCAAAGAGCGCCGCAAGAAUUGGGAAAAGCGUCACCUUAACCGGGAGAUCACCAAGAAGCAAGGCCGCAAGAACAACAAGAAGCUCGAGGCUAAGCAAGCUGCCCGUGAGGCUAAGAAGCGCGCGGAAGAGGAGCUGAAGCCCAAGGAUGCUGGCGUUCAGACCGACAUCGCCCCGAAGGAGGAAAAGCCUGUCGAGGCCAGGGCUACUGAUGUUCCCAAGACAGACGAGUCCAAGGAUGCAAAGUCUGAUGGCAAGACCCCCGGCUUAAAGACCAAGGGGCAGGACACACAGAAGAAGGAAGCCGACAAAGCGGCCGAGGAUCCAGCCAAGGCCGAGACGGAGCCCAAGAGAGAAGACAGCACGCCGGUAGUAGUAGAUGAUGCCAAGAGUUCCGACGAAGAAGGUGAAGACACCCCGCUCGCCACUCCCUCUGAGACUCCUUCUCUCGAGAAGACGGAACACGAAGCUUCUGGACUAUCUGGGGACGAGACCGAGACGACGCCUGACGAGAAGAAGGAGGCCACCGAGACUUCAAAAGACAAGGCUGACGACAAAGCAGAAGACAAGACCAAGGACAAGGAUCAAGUCAAGGGUGAGGACAACCCCGAGCAGCCCAAGGAUGAAGAUGCCAAAACACCGUCUGCAGCUACCUCGGAGUCUUCGGGCACUCCACAGCUCACCCCCAAGAGCGAUGCUGCCACCCCUGAUACGGACAAGGCCAAGCCCAAGGAUGAAGACAAGGCUGCAGCUGCGGCCUCGUCUCCCACUUCUACUGGAUCCCCUCCCCCGCCACCGGCCACUUCCAACCCUUCCCCACCACCUCCUCCCGUGCAGCAAAAGAAGCCGCCCAACAUGUACGUGACCUCAGAUGGCGAGUCGAGCGCCUCCCCGGUCGAAGACUGGGAAGCGCUUUACAGCAGCGACGACAUGACGCGCAAGCCGCGCAUGGCCGCCCCGCCCCCUGCUGGUCAAGCCGUCGUCAGCAAGUAUCGGGACGAAACCGAGGACGAGAACGAGCCCGAUCCGUGGAAUGCCAUUUGCGUGGUCGGCCUCAGAGUCUACUCCAAGGAUGAAGAUCUGGAGCUUCGUGUGGUUAUGGAAGGCGGUGAGCUUGGUGAGGGUGGUAUGGGUGAGAAGGGCGGAGUCGAUCUGGAUAACGCCCAGGCCAACGCUGGUGGCGCCCGGAGCACCAAGAUUCACAGGGACGAAGAGAGUGAGAAGGAGGAGGCGGCAUAUGAAGGCGAUAGCGAGGUAGAGAAGAGGAAGAAGAAGGAGAGGAGAAAGAAAAAGGGAAAGAAGAGCAGCGGAAGUGAGAGCAGCAGUGGGAGCAGCAGCGAGAGCGGUGAGGAAGAGCAGAGCCAGAAGGACAAGAAGAAGGAGGACGAUGGAAUGGCCAAAUAUCCAGUAAUUGUGCAGAAGGGUAAGGGUGAGGAAGAGUACGAGACUGCGGUGGAGUCACAGCUGGAGAACUGA